UAAUCCAUAUCAUAACUAAGGAAAACUAUAACUAACUAUUCUUAACUCCAUCAAAGCGUCCAGAAAGAUACAAUAUUACCUAAGCAAACAAUAAAUCAAAACUCUAGAAAUGACAGAGACAUCUCGCUGCCUGGACAGUCACCCAAAGUUUCUCUGUACCGUUGGCUGCCUCAGCUUCUUAAGUGCUAAGACCAUCUUGCCUUACUAAUGUGGAUUGUUUUGUUUUGAGACAGGGUCCUACUCUAGUCUAGGCUGGCCCGUAAGUCACUAUGUCACCAUGACUGAUCUCAGUCUCUGUCCUUCUGCCUCAGCCUCCAGCAUGAUGGAAUUGUAAGUGUGUCCAUCAUGACCAGUUAUUUGUUUCCUCUGUGUGUAUGCUGCUGCUGCUGCUAGGGAUGGAAGCCAGGGUCUCCUGGAUGCUGGCAGUUCUCUGUCACUGAUUACAGGCCAGCCCUUUUAGUGUUAUAUGAGUGGCUUCUCACAGUGGUGAUCUCCCCUAGGAGGUGACAGGUGAGCUCCCUAGGUGACCGUCGCCAAUUUAGUAGCAGUGAUCUUGCUGUUGUCAUGGUACCCAAAACUCAUCUUCUACUCCAUUGUUGUGAACCUUCCAACUACAGAAGUGGUACUGUUAGCCCCUCAUUUACAGUUGAGGAAACUGAACCUCAGAAAGCACAUCACUUGCCUAGGGCAGCACAGCUGGUACAUGCUAAAGACGUAUCCAAGCACCAAAGCUAUGGCGUGAACAUUCCCAGGGAAUUCACAUGCGUGAGCUGGGUGUAGUGGCUCUUCCCUGUCACCAGCACUCAGCAUGCUGAGCAAGGGGAAAUUCUACACCCCAAAGGAGAGAAACUUGUUUUGUUUAUUUGCUUGUGGGGGGCUACAUCUUAGUGUUAGAGCACUUGCCAAACCUGAGGAAGGCCCUGGGUUCUAGGAAGCAUUGGGGGGGGGGAAUCACAUAUUUUGAGCAAGACCUCUCUGAAGACCCUCCUGAAUGGCAACAUUCCUGUUGAUCAGCUGAGUCAGCCCUGAGUAGGGCAGAAGUCCCCGGCCCCAGGGAGAUCCACUUCCUGACUAGGUGUCCUGUGGAAUCUGUGUGGUGGGGCAGGAAGUGAGAAACCACUGCAGAUACUAGUGUGUGCCUGCAGGGCCAGGCAGGCUGUGUGCAGAUACUAGUGUGUGCCUGCAGGGCCAGGCAGGCUGUGUGCAGAAACUAGUGUGUGCCUGCAGGGCCAGGCAGGCUGUGUGCAGAAACUAGUGUGUGCCUGCAGGGCCAGGCAGGCUGUGCGCCAUUUCAGUCCUAAGCAAGGCUGGGGUGAUAGCACACAUGUUUAAUCCCAGCAUUCUGGAGGCAGAGACAGGUGGAUCUCUGAGUUCAAGGCCAGCCUGCUCUACAGAGGGAGUUCCAGGCCCACCAGAGCUGCAGUGAGUCCCAGUUUUUUUUUUUUUUUUAAAAGCCCUCAACAAAGACAAGGAAGUAAGGGAGCUCAAAUCUGUAGCCAGUGCAAGGUUCUAAGGCUGAAAUGUCAGUUGGUGACCCUGGAACUGCAGGCCAUGGCCGAGUAGGAUGGGAGGACACCAGAGCAGGAGGUAAUGGGUCAGAGCCAGAGGGAAACUCAGGCUGUUUCACAGUGAAGAGGAAAGCAUGGGGAACUAGGGGUUCUGGAUCACAAUGUCAUCUUAGGAGUACCAGGUUCCUCCGGCUGUUGGGGCACCAGAGCUACCAUGGAGACAUGCCUGAUGACGUGCAAUAGCUUCUGAGAUGCUCAUUGACUGACCGCAUGUCUCUGUCCUGCCCAGAUCCCGCCGAGGCCCUGCAGCUCCCAAUGGACUAUGUUCAGCGGGUGAAACGGACCCACUCCCAGGGUGGCUAUGGCUCACAGGGCUACAAGUAUAACUGGAAGCUAGAAGAGGCCCGGAAAAACCUGCUUCGCACUCACACCACAUCAGCUAGUGCCCGCGCCCUCUACUGCUUAGCCCAGAAGAAACCCUUCACACCCGCCAAGUACUUCUCCAUUGAUCGUGUGUUCCGGAAUGAGACGCUGGACGCCACCCACCUGGCUGAGUUCCACCAGAUAGAGGGUGUAGUAGCUGAUCAUGGACUGACCCUGGGCCACCUCAUGGGUGUACUGAAGGAGUUCUUCACCAAGCUGGGAAUCACCCAGUUGCGCUUCAAACCAGCCUACAACCCCUACACAGAGCCCAGCAUGGAAGUGUUCAGCUACCACCAAGGUCUAAAGAAGUGGGUAGAAGUUGGCAACUCUGGGGUCUUCCGCCCUGAGAUGCUCCUGCCCAUGGGGCUCCCCGAGAAUGUGUCUGUUAUUGCUUGGGGUCUCUCCCUGGAGCGCCCGACGAUGAUCAAGUAUGGCAUCAACAACAUCCGAGAGCUGGUGGGCCACAAGGUGAACCUGCAGAUGGUAUAUGACAGCCCUAUGUGCCGCCUGGAUAUCGAGCCCAGGUCUCCACAGACACAGGAGGCUGCAUGAUAUAGGCUGCCCCAGAGAGCUCUGUCCAGUACCUGUGCAUCCCCCAGCGGUGACCUCGCUAAUAUUUAUGAGGCCUCUGUGAGGCUAGCUCACUCCCUCUGCCUCACCCACCCAGGGGCAGGGUCCUGAGUGCAGGAAGCAGGUUUUUUGUGCUGGCCUUUGGUGGUGCGUGUAGUGUUAAGGGUGGAUUUGGGCCCUGCGGGUCAGCUGUUGUCUAAUAAAAUAGGCACUUUCUUUCAUGCGGUGCCUUUUGUUAGGA